UACAAUCGGUUGCUCUGGCAACGACAACUGCCAAAACGAAAAAUUAACAAAAUAAAAAGUUACGCGAUUUGUUUCGUGCUAUGAAAAUUGUAUUUAAAAACUACAAUCAAUAUAUGUAUUGUAAGCAAAGGUGCUAAAUUGAUGGCUGAGGUGCACGUAAUUGGACAACUACUGAAAGCUGUUGACUUCGACGAGCCACAUUUGUACUGCAAGUGGAGUUUGCAGAGCGGCAACGCCUGGCGCUUGGUGCAGGGCGAGGUGCAGGGUCAGACGCACGUCUCCAGCCAUCGCCUGCAGAACAGCUCCGAUUUCGCUCAGCCCAUCGACAUUCAUUUGAGCACCGCCGCCCUGCAGGGUUGGCCUCGCCUCCUCGUGGAAGUUUACGCCGUCAACGUGCUGCAACAGUGCUGGCCCGUUGGCUACGGCUUUGCGCACCUGCCCGCUAGGCCAGGCGCCCAUCGCUUGGAGAUAAACACCUGGAGGAUUGCGCCAAGCACCUGGUGGCAGAGCAUCAAGGAAAAAUUUGGAGGCGGCGGCGCUGCCUUGCAUAAAACCGAUUUACUUUACUCGGGUGUAGAGCGCUACAAACUGCAAACACGCAGCUCUGGAAAAAUAAUUGUGGAACUCAAUUUAAUAUUUCGCAAGUUUGAGGAAUACGGGGUGGAAUUUAAGUAAAAAUAUGUUAGAC